UCGGGGUGGAAAGGUAGGAAGAACGGGGCGACUCAUGGCCCCUGGGGCAGCCUAAGCCUUGGCCCUGCCAUCGAGGCGGGAGGCCCGAGGCCGUGUGAAGCACGGCUGCAGCCCCUCCCAGGUCCGAUGCCCCACGUCCGCAGGGAUCAGCCACGCACUCACCUUGGCGGCUCCGAUGCCGGCGAUGUACCGCCGCCGCCGCCGCCGCCGCGGUCCAGGGUGACAGCUCCUAGAGCGCAGGCACUUCCGGGGUCAAACAGCUAUUCCGCAGACGCAGACAGGAAGCCCCGGCCCGACCCCGUCCCGGAGCCAACUGCCGCCGAGAAGCCGGGCCCGGGGCCACGCCCCCAACCCAAGACUCCGCCCCCUGUGUCAGCUGAGGGUCAUCUCCUCCAGGAAGCGUUCCUUACUUGCCCAAACCCAGUGAGAGAGAGAGAGGAACCGAGGUCCAGAGUGGUGACUGACUCAAAGUCAGCCAAGGUGAUGACAACUCUAGUUUCUAAACUUCCUGACAAGUGACGUCACCUUCCUGUCCAACAGCCUUGGAGACUUUUUUAGAUGCUUUCUCUACUUCUGGAUCGGUACAGGAAAACACUUAGAAAUGAGGAUUCUGAAGCACAGACAGAUCUUAGCUGGACUUGCAUGCAGCCACUUUUUAGAAUUUAGUGACACAUAGGGGCUUCCUUGGUGGCUCAGCGGUAAAGAAUCCGCCUGCUGAUGCAGGAGACACGGGUUUGAUCCCUGGUCCAGGAAGAUCCCACAUGCGGUGGAGAAACGAAGCCUGUGCAUCACAAGAGUCCUGGAACUGCAACUGCUGAGCCCUCACCCCACAACUACUGAACCUCCUGCACCCUUGAGACAG